AUCUGUUUUUCUCUUGCAGGUUUCACUGGGGAUCCAGUGGACAAUCCCACAUCCUUGCCCUGGCCUGCUCCUGAAGCAUAAGUUUUCACCAUGGCAGUGUGGAUCCAGGCACAGCAGUUGCAAGGCGAUGCCCUACGUCAGAUGCAGGCGCUUUAUGGGCAGCAUUUUCCUAUAGAGGUGCGACAUUACCUGUCACAGUGGAUAGAGGCACAAUCGUGGGACUCUGUGGAUCCAGAGAACCCCCAGGACAGCAUGAAAGCCACACAGCUGCUAGAAGGGCUGGUGCAGGAACUGCAGAAAAAGGCAGAGCACCAAGUUGGUGAAGAUGGGUUCUUAUUGAAGAUUAAACUUGGCCACUAUGCCACACAGUUUAAGAACACAUAUGAACGCUGUCCCAUGGAGUUGGUCCGAUGCAUCCGACAUAUUUUAUACCAUGAACAGCGGCUAGUAAGGGAAGCAACAAAUUCCAGUUCUCCAGUUGGGGGGCUUGUAGACACCAUGCCACAGAAACACCUUCAAAUUAAUCAGACUUUUGAAGAACUGAGACUUAUCACUCAGGACACAGAGACUGGAUUGAAAAAGCUGCAGCAGACACAAGAAUACUUCAUCAUACAGUACCAAGAAAGUCUGAGGAUCCAAGCUCAGUUUACCCAGUUGGCCCAGCUGAGUCCCCAGGAGCGUAUGCCUCGUGAAGCUACAUUACAGCAGCGGCAAUCAUCUUUAGAAAAUUGGCUACAGAGAGAGGCCCAGACUCUUCAACAAUACAGAUUGGAUCUGUCAGAGAAGCACCAAAAGACUCUUCAACUUCUACGCAAGCAGCAAACGAUUAUCUUGGAUGAUGAGUUGAUCCAGUGGAAGAGACGGCAACAACUGGCAGGAAAUGGUGGCCCUCCAGAAGGAAGUUUAGAUCUAUUACAAACUUGGUGUGAAAAGCUUGCAGAAAUAAUAUGGCAAAAUCGCCAACAGAUUAGGCGAGCUGAGCAUCUUUGCCAACAGCUUCCCAUUCCUGGUCCUGUGGAGGAGCUUCUAGCCGAACUCAAUGCUACCAUCACUGAUAUAAUCUCAGCUUUAGUCACCAGCACUUUCAUUAUUGAGAAGCAGCCACCACAAGUGCUGAAAACACAGACUAAGUUUGCAGCGACAGUCCGGCUUCUGGUAGGUGGUAAACUGAAUGUCCAUAUGAACCCACCUCAGGUCAAAGCCACCAUUAUCAGCGAAGUACAGGCCAAGGCUCUGCUGAAGAAUGAAAACACACGCAAUGAGAGCAGUGGAGAGAUCUUAAACAACUGCUGUGUGAUGGAGUAUCAUCAGGCUACUGGAACACUCAGCGCUCACUUCAGAAAUAUGUCUCUAAAGCGGAUUAAGCGCUCUGACAGGCGGGGGGCAGAGUCCGUAACAGAGGAGAAAUUUACCAUCCUAUUUGAGUCUCAGUUCAGUGUAGGUGGAAAUGAACUAGUUUUUCAGGUCAAGACAUUGUCUCUCCCUGUUGUGGUCAUUGUACAUGGAAGCCAAGACAAUAAUGCUACAGCGACAGUUCUAUGGGACAAUGCAUUUGCUGAGCCAGGCCGAGUGCCAUUUGUAGUUCCAGAGAAAGUUGUUUGGCCGCAGCUGUGUGAGGCUCUGAAUAUGAAGUUUAAGGCAGAAGUUCAAAGCAACCGAGGGCUCAGUGAUGAAAAUCUUGUUUUCUUGGCUCAGAAACUUUUCAACAACAACAGCAACCACAAGGACGAUUACAACAACAUGACAGUGUCCUGGGCUCAGUUCAACAGGGAGAACCUUCCUGGCUGGAAUUACACAUUCUGGCAAUGGUUUGAUGGAGUGAUGGAAGUUUUGAAGAAGCACCUAAAGCCUCACUGGAAUGAUGGGGCAAUUUUAGGCUUUGUCAACAAGCAGCAGGCUCAUGACAUGUUGGUAAAUAAAAGGGAUGGGACUUUUCUUCUGCGCUUUAGCGACUCGGAAAUUGGGGGCAUCACAAUAGCAUGGAAGUUUGAGCUACCGGACAGAGCCUUGUGGAAUCUGAUGCCUUUUACAAGCCGAGACUUCUCAGUACGUUCGCUGGCAGACCGACUGGGGGACCUCAAUUAUCUCAUCUAUGUGUACCCUGACCGUCCCAAAGAUGAAGUGUUCUCAAAGUAUUACACCCCAGUUCUCUGCAAUCCAUCUAAAGGAGAUGGCUAUGUGAAGCCAGCUAUAAAGCAAGUGGUUCCAGAGUUUGUUGCUUCUGAUGUCAUCCCAGCAAACAGCUACAUGGACCAGGCACCGUCCCCUGCAGUUUGUACUCAAUCACACUAUAAUCUAUACCCGCAGAACCCUGACUCUGUUCUUGAUCCUGAUGGUGAAUUUGACCUAGAUGACAGCAUGGAUGUGGCCCGACAUGUUGAAGAGCUCUUACGGCGACCCCUGGAUAACAGCCAGUGGAUACCCCAUGCUCAGUCCUAACUCCCCUUGCCCCUGACUCUGCACUGCCUCCAGUAAUCAAAAUGUGAAUCGUUUUCACAAAAAAUUAUUUUGGUAUUUUGUGCAUGGUGAUGAGUAGUUUUUAUUUUGUAUUUGUUCUAUGGUACCUUUUGUCACAAAAAAAAGUAUCUUUACUUGCUUUCUCCUCCCCUGUUCCUUGUUCAAGCUAAUUUUCUUUGGGGGAUUUCGUCCUAGUGUCAGUGUAACUCUUUCGCUUGUUGAGAGGUCUGUGAAAUAUUGCAAAGAGGUAAGCUGAAGGUGCCACAUAAUUUGCAAGGCCCCAUAUCCACAGGUGUUAUAAGGGGGUGUUCAGCAAACAUUUCUGAUGCCUAAUGUGUGCCCCCGGACACUGGCCAAAAAAGCAUAUUGUUCUGGAUGAUCAAUAAACCCAAUUUAGCCAAAUGCUUGCCUCACAUUGCGCUGCAUCACUUUAUAGGUAAAAACGGCAGCAGCAUUUCGUCUUGGCAGAAUGUGGCCAGGAACCCCCACAGAGGUGCUGGAAUUGCGCCCACAGUGAGAAUGAGGCCCAUGUGCCUUGACAGAAGUUUAAGCUAAAUGUCAUUCAUGUUUACUUUCCUAUCUAUGUAGAAUAUUCUCUGCAUCUGAGCCUUGGCUUGAAAAGUAUAGAAAGAUAAAAGAGAGAUAAUAUAAAUAAACCGUAUAUAGGCUUAUGUAGCGUUAUAAAAUAAUUUAAUAUUAAAUAUCAACAUAUAGAAUUCUAUAUAUAUGUCGUAAUAUAAAUCUAAAGAAAAAGGUCUGCUUACCUAGUCUGAGAGCCAUUGGUCUUUGGCUUCCUGAUAAUUAAAGUUUAGCAUCUAGGAAAAUCUCAGUUAUUGGGGAAGUGUGGGUGUUUGGUAACCCCAGUGUCAUACAAGUGCCAGCAGCCAUGGGAGGUCAUUGAGGACCUGUCCUCUUCAGCACAUUUGAAAUGUUGCAGUGUGUGUCAUCAAUGUUAAGUUGCAGCAGGGCUUUGUUAGAUCUGUUUUAUUUGAAUUCCCAGGUGCAAGAAUCUGGGCAGGGGACAAGGGCAGGAACUGGUGUUAGUGGGCAUACAUUAUAUAUAUAUAUAUAUAUAUAUUCUGCCCCAGUGAAAUUUUCCCUCGUUUGAUGGUGACCAGGAUAGUGUUAAAAAAAACACUAAAAGACCUGCCCUGGAACCUCCAAUUGAUAUACACCUGUUUUGCUAAAAACUUUUUUUUGUGAUUGUCUGUUGCCUAUUGGCUAAAACAGCCGUCACAAGGCAUUAGAGAGAAAA